ACUUUGGUGGCAGGGAUUCCCGGAGAUAAUUAAAGAAAACAAAACUAUAUCAAUGUUCGCAAAGCUUUGACAUCAUUGGGUCACUCGAAUCAUAUCAAUAUAUACCGCGACGACCAGGUUUCAUGUUACUUAGCGAGUAGAUUGUCUUGUGAGCUCAUGUCGUUCUAGUGUUAGCCAUGGCUCUCCGACUGAAUAUAUUUUUAUUGUUCCUAGUUGCAAAUGUGUGUAGAAGUUAUGCGAGUUAUAUCAUUAAAGGUGACCUCACUUUCGUUAUAGACAAUACGGGAUCGAUGUGGGACGAUAUUGCGCAAGUGAAAGCGGAAGCUAAUGAAAUAUUUGAGACUGUUCUGAGAUCCAACGCUUCACAGAUUGAAAAUUUUAUCCUUGUCACAUUCAAUGAUCCAGAUGCUGAAUUACGAAUCGUUACCAAGGAUAGAGACAAAUUCAAAACAGCUUUAAAUGAGAUCGUGGUAGAUGGUGGCGGUGAUUGCCCAGAAUAUGCUAUGACAGGAAUCGAAACAGCUCUUGCGGCGAGCUUGCCGUAUUCAUAUUUCUUCGUCUUUACCGAUGCCUCAGCAAAAGACCAUAAGAAAUUUGAAAGUAUUAAAAGUAUUUGUCAGAAGAAACAAAGUCAGGUCGUCUUUGUGCUAACUGGGAUAUGUAAUACGAGGAAAAGUAUUGACUAUCAAGUAUACCACCAAAUAGCUGACGCAACGAAUGGACAAGUUUUUCAUGUAGAAAAACAUGAAGUUAAGGAUGUAUUAACUUACGUUAAAGAAGUUAUCAAAAGCAGAGGAACUGUAGUUUCAUCUAAACAUUUCCCACCUGGAUAUAAUAAUACAAUGACAUAUGAUAUCGAUGGUGAUACAGAAGAAACUAUUAUUGUUGUAACAGGUGAUAAACCUAAAAUAGGAACAGUAACAGGUCCUGAGGGAAGUCGACCUAAAACUGAAAUUAUUAUGGACAAACCUGAAGCGGCAAUUGUGAAAGUAACUGAAGCAAAACCUGGUGAACAUGCAGUAGAAGUUGGAAGCAAGUCCGCAACACACGCAGUGGUCACGGCAAAAAUCAAUAUAAACAUCGAUCUCGGUUUCUCUACUUUACGCCCUUCUUCCAUCAAAGACACCGUCUCCAGACCUCCACCAGACGGAGACGCUUUUUUGUCAGUCCAGCUAUUCGGAGAUCAAGCUGAGCUACAAACCGCAAAAAUUAUUGAUAUGAGUGAUAACGUUAUCGCAGAACUGCCCUUGGAACUUAUAAAUAAGAAAGAAAAUUUAUAUUUGACACCCUCAUUUACGCCUCCUUACACUAUGUUCCGAGUGUCUGUCACUGGUUAUGACAAGAAAAGCAAAACUUCAAUAAAGCGAAACAGUCCAACCCCGAUAGAACGCCAAAAUAUAAAAAUAGAAACCAUAAAAGAUGUAGCACCACAAAUAACUAUUGAAGGAAGUCCAAAAAUUAAAAGUAAAAACAAUGAACCGAUGGUAAUAACUUGUAAAGUACAUGCGUAUCCUAAGCCUGAUAUCACUUGGGAAGAAAAAGGCACCGGAAUCAGUUUACCUGCUUCGAUGUUUUUGUUGGAAGUACCUUAUGAUUAUAUCAGCAUAUUGAAAAUCGAAAACGCGGAAAGUAAAACCUAUCAAUGUAAAGGAACCAACAGAUUGGGAUCAGACACUGGCUCUAUAGAAAUAGAAGUGGAAUCGUAUUUGAAGAUUGUGGAGGCUCCAAAAACAGAUAUAAACAUCAAGUACAAUGAAGAAGGCAGUAUUAUAUGCAAGGUAGAUGCGAAACCUCCAGCUACCAUAACUUGGUUAAAGGAUGGUGAUGAUGUAACAAUUGAUGAUAACAUCGAGAUGUCCAGUGAUAAUUCAACUUUGAUUAUAAAACACAUGAAGCUUAAUAAUGCAGGCAAUUAUGUUUGUGAAGCAAGAAAUGAGAUAGACAGAAAAAUAUUCUUUUCUAAUGUCACUAUUUCGGGAUUGGAAAAGCCCUCGAUUGCUGAAGAUUACAAAGAGCUUAUAGAAGUCCAAGAAGGUGAAGAUCUGGAAAUAUUUUGUAGGGUCGUUGGAGGAAAACCAAAGCCAACAAUAAAGUGGCUUUUCACCUCCGAUUAUGUCAGUGAUUAUGAAGAUAAUAAAGAAGAAGAUAUUUCUGAAACCAGUGAAAAGCUUGAGAUUAAAAAUAUCGCUAAGAAACACGGAGGCGAAUAUAAUUGUAUAGCAACGAACGAGGCGGGAUCAGCCCGUAUGGCUACUUAUGUAAUAGUUCAAUUUCCACCAAUAAUAUUCGAUGACGUUGAUGUAAUAAAAGCUAAAGAUGGCGAUGAAGUUGUUAUUCCGUGUGAAGCCGACGCCACGCCGCCGCCUGAGGUCACGUGGUACAGGGAUGGGGUUCAAAUCAAAGACAAACAAGAUCCCAUGAGUGCUCACGGACUAAGAUUUCGUGCAACGACAUCUGACUCUGGGACUUAUAUUUGCAAGGCAAUUAACAAACUAGGGGGAACAAAUAAAACUGUUUCAGUAAAUAUUUAUGUACCUGUUACAAUCGAAGUUCCAAAAGUUAACAAAAUUGAAACUAUGGUUGGGCAAACUGUUGUCCUGCCUUGCCGGGCGGAUGGACAUCCAAGACCUGAAGUAUCCUGGACUUUGCAUACUGAAGAUUCAAAAUCACCACCAAAAGAUGUUACGCCUCCUGGUGGAUCUGGAUCGGAUUUACAUUUGCGAAAUAUUCAGCUAAAUCAACGUGGAUUUUAUACAUGCGUUGCAAACAAUGGCUUCGGUUUACCAGCAAGCAUUCAUUAUGAAGUUACAGUCAACGCUCCACCCAUUAUUGAAAACGUGUACAUGGAUAAAACCUUUGAAGUCGUUGAAGGUGAUUUAGUAUUAAGGAUCCAAUGCAAAGCUACUGGAAGCCCAAAACCCACUAUUAUUUGGAAGAAGAACGAUCUUAGUAUUGCUUAUGGUACUGAAUGGUAUGAUAUGGAAGAAGAUGGAACUUUAUUAAUCAAAAACAUCGACUAUAGUUCUCGGGGGUCUUAUGUUUGUUUGGCUGAAAACUCCAUUGGAAAAGAUUCAGAGUUGUACGAAGUAGUUGUCAAUGAAUACCCGAAAUUCGAAAGGCCGUUUACUACAAUACAUUUGCAUGGCGGUGUGUCGACUGAUCUUACAUGUGAUAUACCACAUAAGAAAACAGACCAACUACGAUGGUAUAAGGAUAACGUAUUAAGAUCUACGGGGGAACUGAGGUUAGAGAGUCCAACACUCAGAGACGAAGGGCUCUACAGUUGCCGAGUUAGCGACUUCUCAAGGUCACGCUCAAAGCACUACAAAGUCCAAGUUGGAUACAAACCAGAGUUCCGUUCGAUUGAAAACGAGGAAAUUGAAUUUUCAGAAGGAUCUUACACAAAUCUUAUAUGUGAAGCCAGCGGAUACCCACGACCAAUGGUCACAUGGAAACAUAAUGGCAAGGUACUGAGUGUAUCUGAUAUGGUAUAUGAUUUUGAGAUGACUAUAGCUAGCAGAGGAAUUUACGAAUGCGAAGUCUCAAAUGAACUGGGAACUAUAAAUCGCUCCUUCAAAAUUAAAUCUAAAGAUUGUAUCAUGGACAGCAAAAAAGAUUUUACUGGUAACCAUCCCUUGUUGCUAUCGCCAUUGCUAAAGAAACCAACGUUUGAAGUCACUGACGGAUAUCUGACAAUACCUAAUGGAAAAUAUGUCGUGUUAAAUUGUCCUUCGAAGUUUGCUAACUUUGCCUCAACACCUCUGGUAAUGGCGCAUUGCGAAGGUGAUGGAAAUUUUAAAAUCAGGGGCAAAGUUUACGCUCUCAAAGACGUCAAAUGCAGAAAAGAGGUGAAACCAGAAGAAUUAAGAACAGGUAUACCGUGUUUGCCUGGUAACACGGAAUAUAUCAAGAUAGGUUUUAAAUUUUUAUCAAAGUUCCAUGAGAUAUACCAAGUUUGCCUGGACAAGGAUAACAAUGUUCCAGUGUUCACAAAACAGACACUACCUUCGGAUCUCGCAAAUUCGUCGCAGAAAUCUCGAUGGUACAACAGCGAGUUAUUACCCUACGAUUUUAAUAGGAUGUAUGAUUGUAGAAACCAAGCGAAUGAUAUAGAUAGAACUUUUGGAAGAGAUGUUACCUCGCGUUCUUCUUGCUGCUUCAAUAAACGACAGCUUGUGAGUCCACGUGAUCUGUCACCAGGAGUCCCAGUUACAGCUACUUAUAGCUAUUUGAAUGUGAUUCCUCAAUGGAGUACUUGUAAUUCAAAGAAUUGGGAUGACGUGGAAGAUAGAGUGAGGGAAUUAGCAAAAUCAGCUGGUCGCGAUCUUACUGUGACGACAGGAACUGCUACACCGGCCAGGAGUUCAAGAGGUGCAGCUUCUAAUUUCAGUAUUCAUGAUGCUCGUGGAGGAAAACAACCUGUUGGGCAAUAUGCAUGGAAGAUCGUACAAGACCGACCAUCGUCGGCAUCUCUUGCAAUAAUCCAAGUUAACAUCCCUGGGUUAUCACGAGACGAGGCCUCGCGGCAUGUUCUGUGUCGCGACAUUUGCAGAUUGACUGAGUGGAUGCAAAACGAAAACUGGUACAACACCGAUGACGGUUUCACGUACUGCUGUACAAUUGACAGCUUUGAAAAAGCGUUUGGAUAUCAAAGAAUCUUCAGCUAUGGUAUGCAGAAAGUCCUUUACAAUGCUUAUGUACUUCCUGAAAAUUAUAUGUCUAUUUAGUUUGGAUUUUUCUGUAUCAAGUUACUUAUUUGUAAUGUGGUUUAAAUUAUUAUUAUUUUGUUUUAUUAUAAGGCUUAGUGUGUAAAACAGUUAAUUGUUUAGAUUUAUUAUUACUAUUGUGUCACGGGAUCGCUCACGGAUUCUCUGAGCGACUGUAACUGGAUUUUGUGUUUAUCUGAUAAUUUUAAAAGUAUUUCCAAUGGUAAGAAGUAAUGUAACAGUAAUAGUGUUUCUAGUAUUAAAGGCUGUAUCUAACAUUUUAAAGACAUUGUGCCCAAAAUGGUUUUGUAUUCUUUAUGUAAUUUUAAGUACGGAAUUAGUUUAAUUCAUCGUUUAUCAAGAUAUGACUGUGGUCGCCAUAUAAACAGUUCUAAAUGUACAAAUAGAUAAACAUGAUUUAAAUGUUAGUUAUAAACUGUUUUCGUUGAUUGAAAUGUGUUUAGUAAAGAGUUAUCGUUAAAAAAGACCAAGAAAAAGCCAAGUGAUUGUAUAAACCAUUAAACAGUUGUUAAAGUACUAAGAUUUAGUUAAGUUGAAUUAUUUUUAUAAAAUUUAAUUAAACGCAUCUGCGAUAGACGUGUUCAUUUUAAUAAUUGCUGGUUAUGAGUGUUUAUUAAAUGGUGUAGAUAAAUUGC